AUGACCGGUAACCUAGAGAGCAUCUCUUUCGCCGGCAUGGGAGAUGCAGCAGAUGUCGACAACAUAUCAGAUGUCAAGCUGCGUUGGACUCGCACCUCAGAGUCGCUCAGCUUUGCGAGAUCAUCACCGAAUCAGAUUUACUACGAUCACGACAUCGGGGCUCUCGAUCGAGAAGACACCUGGAAAGAAUACGCUCGGCGCGAGAUCGUGAUCCUCCUACGAGAGCGUAUUGAAGCUGAGGUGAUGAAGAAGAUUCGCGAGCGCAGCACCGGAACUCACAUCCAGGCUACGAGGCAAUGUUCACGAGCUGGAGCUCACGCUGAGGCGAAACUUCGAAAGCAGACAAGAGAAAGCUUGAAACUCGGCUCAAGAAACCAUUCCAACGAAACUGCUGCAGAUCCGUGA